AUGCCAACGCCCGCGGAGGCGGCGCCCGCCGAAGGCGCCGCGCCCGCCGACGGCCAACCGCCCGCAGGAGAACCCGCCGCCGACGGCGCCCCGCCAGCCGAAGGACAACCGCCCACCGAAGCCCAACCCCCGGCCGAAGGCCAAGAAGGCCAGCCGGCCGAAGGGGCCCCAUCGCCGGAGGGCGCGCCCCCUACCGAAGGCCAACCCGCCGAAGCCACCGAACCACAGAAGGAGAAAACCCCCGAACCGCCGCCAGAAACAGGAUUCGAAACGUUCAAGAAGCUCGUCAUGAACGAGAAUUACGAUAUCAUUACAUUGCCAGAAACGUUGCUAGCGCCCACCGACGACAGGGAGGCGGUCUCGAUUCCCAAUUACUCGCUGGUCGAGAACCGCCGCGGCAGCGGCGACGGCGUCAUCAUGUACGUCAAAGACUCGUUGAAAUACAAGGUGGUCGAUUUGACCGCCCCCGGCGCCGAACACGACCACCUCAGCUUCGAGGAUUUAUUGGAGAAACUGAGGAAAAACGGUCAUGCAGCUGAAGCAGCCGCAUUAGAAUCAGCCAAUGGCGGCCCACCUGCAGAAGGAACCACCCCGGCAGAAGGCGCUCCUGCGACAGAAGGUGCUCCUGCAACAGAAGGCACUCCUACAACAGAAGGCGCUCCGGCAACAGAAGGCGCUCCGGCAACAGAAGGCGCCCCAGAAGGAGCUCCAGCACCGGAAGCAGCACCUGCUGCGGAAGCAGCGGCUCCCGUGGAAGGAGCGGAACCAUCGCCUGCUGUCGAAGAAGCGGCGGCUCCUGCGGAAGCCGGAGAAACAGCGGACGCUGCGGAACCGGCGCCGGCGACUGAAGAGCAGGCUCCUGCGGUCGAUGAGUCGAUACCUCCUGCGGACGAGGCGCCCGGCGAACCGGAAUCGGCGGUGCAAUCGCCUCCAGUUAUAGAAGCUGCCGCUUGAAUGUUUAUAGACUAAGGAGUUCUACGAUUAAGUAAUUAUUUUUCGUUUUGAAUGUAUUUAUAACGUUUAUCCAUUUCGAAUUUGUACUUUACUGGUUAUAACAACAAGUGGAAGUUAAGAGAUUUAUCGUUUCGAUUUCUUAAUUGAUGCUUACAGUUAUAUUAGUGAUUAAUUAUUUACUUUCCUCCCAUAUAUUAUUAUUAUUAUCAUCGAAAUAAACAAUUUCCAUAGACUAA